GAAUGUUUUCCAUAUUUGUUCAGCCUCCUCCUCAGUUCAAAUACCGGGAACAACUCAGGCGGCACGACGCAAGGCUUUGGGGGGCAGAAAAACCCUCGCACACCCAUCGGCGCAUGCACACGCACACGCACACGCACGUGAGAAACAGCAUGGGGAAUGAGAAGAAAGCCCGGCACAACGCGUCUCUUAACAGCCAGAGCCAGACACCCGAAGGGGAGAAAAGCACCGAUUCAAGCAAGAUGCAGGAGCCAGCAAUGAAGAAGAAGAAGAAAAGCAAGGGGGAUCCCAAAGCUGGCCAGGAGGAGGAAUCCCACACAUGUUGUGGCUGCCGUUUCCCGCUGCUGUUUGCUUUGUUGCAGCUGGUAUUCGGCGUCUCUGUAACAGUGCUGGGCUUCCUUAUGGCAGGCAUCAGCUCUUCUCUGCUAGUCAGAGACACUCCAUAUUGGGCUGGGAUAAUUGUCUGCGUGGUGUCCUUAGUGGGGUUUGUUAUGCUUUGUAUUUCAUACCAACCUGAUGAGAAGACAUGUGUGCAGUUCACUGUAAAGCUGAUGUAUUUUCUGCUGAGUGCCAUGGGUCUGGUUGUCUGUGUUCUGGCAGUGGCUUUUGCUGCCCACCAUUACCUACAGAUCACAAGAUUUACCUGCGAUACCAUCCUCGAGUCCUGCCAAUGCAAACUGGACAUGACAGACCCCCUCAGCAGGACCUUUGUCUACCAGGAUGCCGCCGACUGCAGCAGCGUCACCAGCAUGCUCAACCUGUACUUGCUUCUGCAGAUGCUUCUCAAUCUGAUCACAGCCCUGGUGUGUCUGUUGGCAUGCUUUGUGAUGUGGAAACACAGAUACCAGGUCUUUUAUGUGGGCGUUCGAUUCUACCCUUUAACUGCUACUGAAGGCCAGCAACACAAAAUAUAGGGUUUGGGCUGGCAGGGGGCUGUAGCCAGAGAACGGAAAAUGUCAGCAUACUGCCACCAUAGACACUGCUCAUGGAUGAGUGUUUGUAAGGUUUUUGACGAGGAAAAACAUUCACACAGGUUAAAUGAAUAUAUUUUUCAUUCAUUUUAAGAGCAAAUUGUAUGGCUACUCCUGCAAAAGGUCCCUAGUGAGACUAUCUAGAGGUCACCUGAAGUCCUAAAAUGCAAUUCUAUUAACACUCACAGAAGAGACUCUUUAGUAGCAAUAGACAAAAUGAAAGCUUAAAAAAAUCAUUGGGAACUCAUCUGCAGGGCUACAGCCAUUUAGACAUCAGGUCCAUUUCCCUUGCUGGUAGAGAUCUGUUCCUGCCUUCAGACAAGCUGCACUGACUCCUACCAGAUGAAGAUCUGGUCUAAACUGCUUUAUUAUAAUUAUGCCAAUCAUGCUUAGGGAAUAUAUUGUCUCUUGGAUGCAGUAGGUAUAAUCCACACUAACCUGACAGGGAUUUACCAUAUGGAAAGGUAAUAAGGGAGGUCAGGACCUCUUCAAAUGCAGGCUGAGAUCAGCAGCAUAUGCGAAUAUGCUGAUGACCACCAUGUAAAGUACAUGUUUCAGAGCAACUGGUGAAGUUGGUUACCUAACCCAAUUACUAACAAACACCGUUUUCUGUGGGUUGACUGAUGGUGAUGGGGUGGGCCCUGCUUCAGACCCCUCAUUUUAGACGAAUGAAUGCUCGGUGCUUUGUGAGAAAAGAUCGAUUUAAGAAACCUUGAGCUGAGCUCCUGAAACGGAGGCCCCUAAAUCACUAGUCACGUUGAAAACCCUGUUGACACUGCUAUAAUUGCAUGCUCCCAAACCCGGCGUCUGGCCAGUUCCACCAAUUAUACUCACAGCACAAAAGGCCAAGUGUGUUUUUGGUGUAACUCCUCUGAAGACAAUCAGCCUCACACACCAGCUGUGGAUUUGGGCCAACAGCCCUGAAAGAUAUAUCCCUGCAACAAUCAAUGUUUUUAAAAUGGGGUGGAGGGAGGGAAGCAAGAAGAGACUGCCAGACUCCCAAAGACAUCAUUUGUGAUAAUGAGGGCAAGAGAAUGAGGAUUUCUUAAAAAGCAGCAUAGAAUAACAAAACUGUACUCAAACAGCACUCUGAAAGCGUGGCUCUGAAAGUGCUUUACACAUAAUUAGCCUUAUACCAGGAUGGGUAUGCUGGCUUGUCCCUUGGACAGUCAUCUCCACCUGUGCAGCAUGGGCUCCCCGGAGGCAGGAACAGCUCUGAGUUGACAGCACUUCUCCCCACCGGCUGGUAUCAGCACAAGGGCAGGGCAGCCAGUGCUCACGCCCUGCUGUGAGUAGGGAUUUCCCAGUCCUUGCCAGGACCAGGGUGUCUCUGAGGUGGGGUGGAGCAGUCACAGGCUAGACAGACUGCGCCAUGAUCAUUAUAAGCAAGGAGGAAGCAAGCAGAAUUUUUACAAGGCUUCAAACAAGCAAAAACUUUCUGUUUCUUCUGGAAGAAAAAAAAAAAAAGGCACCAGUGAGUCAAAAAACUAGUCUGUCAAAAAGCUAGUUGUGUAAGCAGCUCUAAUCCCACCCAAGAAGUGCCUUCCAUGCAGUGAUCACACAUCAUGCCAAGGCUAGACUGGCAUGCCUCCAGGGUCAGAAGACCACAGUGUGGUUCAGUCUCCUGUGAUCCACCUAGAGCAAAGCAAAGUGCUCAUGUUUUUGUCAUGGAGACAGCUUCUAGCGUAGACGUGCCAACAGUCACCAAAAUGCUCUCUGCCGAGCUGCGGAAUGACGACCUUUCAAAAAUGCAAGUUUUGAGACCAGCUCCCUAAAAACCUUUUUUUUGUGUACCAAAAAACAAGUGGCACUAGUAAGCGUGGCUGCAGGGGCACAUUUGUGAGGACUCCAGUUUGCUUGCCCACGUCACCACCCAUACUAAUUUCUAAACUGGAUUCUCAGCCAUGCUCGGAGUAAGCUGAGACACUGGUGGAGCGCACAGUGGCCCAUCAAGGUGGGAACCAGCCCAUCACCCCUGAAUUUGGUGGAGUAUGCUGCAACCAGUGCUGGUGGACCUAUGCCGGGGCCUGACUCCCAUAUGAGGUGGAUACAUAGGAGUUUGGGGGACUUAUUCCUGCCCUCGCCACUAGGCUCCCUGCCUCAAUGGCUAUGAAGCCAGAGAAGGGCUCUGCUGGCAGAGCAGGGCACAUUUCCUACUGCGACCCUUCCGAAAUCUCCUGUUGUUCAGAAAAUAACUGGGUACCUGCCUGGGAUAUCUUCUGGGGCAGCCCUGGUGGAUUUUUGGAUGCUCUCUGGGGGACUAGUGGGGAGGGAUAUGGGUGACAGGGAAGGGAAGAGGGAUAUUGAUAAGACAGCCCACCCUGCUUAGGAAGCAAUGUGUUUUAAUAGCAGUGCACCCUCCGCUUUGAGCCACCACCACUGAAUUUGGCUCACUCGUCAGUGCAUUGCAGCUUAACCUUUUGCUCUGGAAGAAAGCAAUAUUCAUUGUAUAUUCUAUGGGUGUUCAGAUGCUUUAUGAAUAAACUUGGGGCAUUUUGGUCUA